AUGGUGCUACGAGGCUACGAAACACCAACAAUAGAGAGUGCACUGCCAGGAUACGAUUCUAUCAUUAUUCAUGAGAACGGGCGCGCGGCGCCGGACCUGACGGCGUCGCCGGGCCGCGCGCCGCCCGGGCCGCCGCAGCCGGCGCGCGCCAAUCACGCCCCGCCCUGCGUGCUGCAGCCGGACUUCCGAAAGGUAUCGGGUGUGAGCAAUGAAAUAUUCAGGCAGAUUGAGAUGGUCGAGAACGACCACGACGCUACCACGGCCGCGGCGCUCGAGGCGGUGGAGCGUCGUGGCGAGAUGAUAGUGAGGAUACUUGAGUUGAGACAAGUCGGACGAAACAACAUUGAAGCCGCCAAAAAAUUCUUCUCCCUUCAGGACACCCGGCAUAUAGUCCAACUGGUGGAGAUAGUGAAGCGUCCUGGUCAGACCCUAGGCUUGUACAUCAGGGAAGGGGAUGGCGGAGGGAGGACAGACGGAGUAUUUAUUUCCCGGAUAGCUCUCGAGUCAGCAGUGUACAACAGUGGAUGUCUGAAAGUCGGUGAUGAGAUCUUAGCCGUGAACUUGGUGGACGUCAGGCGAAUGUCUUUAGACGAUGUAGUCAUAAUUAUGUCGAUACCAAGAAGAUUGUUGUUGUGUACAAGACAGAGGAAAGGUAAAUCAGGGCCGGGUUCGCCGUCGCUGCCACGCACCGAGCACAAGCCACCGCCUGUUGUGGUGCUGAAGAGAGACUGCCGUGACGAUGACGAACGAGACAGAGACCGCGUUGAUGGCCUAUAUUCACAACACGGAACCCUCCGUUCGACGGGUGGGCCUGGCGGUGGCGUGCGUCCGGUUGGAGACGGCCGAGAGGAGAGGAACAGAUUGCAGCUCGGGACUCUUUCACCUGAUGCCACGCCCCUCGAUCUAUACUAUAAUUCAAGGCCACCGUCUGAUCAUUCCACUUGGAGUUAUCGUCCACCGCCACCCGUUAUAACCGAACAGCCAAAGUCCACGGCAACACACUUCGUGCCCUACGAGCGCUCUUACCCCAACACGUUAGAGAGUCUUGCGGAGAAGGUGCACUCAUUCUACCCCCAGGACAGUGGAAGCACUCGGUUCGGCGGGCGAGUCCCACGCUCGGGCUCGGAGCAGCAGCUACCACGCGCCGAAACUCACUCCGAUUUCGGCCGGCACUCGCUGCUCAGGUCCAGCUUGAAGGCUUCCGCUGCUACUGGAGGAGCAGCAAGUUUGUCAAGAUACAACCAUAGAUAUGGUGGAGUUGGAAUGACGGGUCCACCUCUUCCAAGCAGUGGAUUAACGGGAACUGGUUUAUCCGGUUCCGGCCUCGGUGGAUCAGGCUUACCUUCCGGUCUCUCAACAACUGGCCUUAGCGGCUUAACUGGAUCCAGUUUAGUGGGAUCUGGAUUGUCGAGCACAGGACUCGGAGCUGGACUCACCGGUUCCGGUUUGGGUUCAACUCUAGGAGGUGGAUAUGGUACAACUGGUUUGGGAUUGCCUUCGUACAGCAGUAAAUUCGGUACGACGCGCAGGAAUCGAAGCUUGGAUUAUUCUUCGGAUACGGAAGCAACAGCUCCUACUAGAACUCCAUACUAUUCGGGUCUUAGUGGCUACAGGAGCAGUACCUUGGGAAGAGAUAUCGGAUCGAAAUUCAACUCGUUACCAAGAGAUGUUAGGGGAACAGGCCAAAGAUUGGGCUUAUCCAGACGUGCUGGUAGCGUUCUCCAAGAUGAGCCCGAACCACUUUCAUCGCGUUUAGACCUUCGUUCUUCCAGAGGUCGUCUGCCUUCUUCGCCUUCAGUGUUCACAUCCGAUGAGUACCGUGCAUGGCUGUCACGAGCGCCCUCAACUAGUGCACUUUACGAAACACUACGCCCUCGCCUUCCUACACACUAUUCCGCUGAAAAUAUACACGACGCGCUCAAAAACAUGGAGAGCGGUAGUCGGUUCGGUUCGUCGCUGGGUUUGGCGCGGCGCAUGGAGCGGCCGCGGCACCUGCCGGCGCGCUCACUUUCUUCGCAGCAGCUGGGGCCCAGCGGUUCACCAUCGACACGCCGCGUGCGACAGCUGCUCGAGCUGGGGUCCCGCUUUAACUGUCCCAACCCCAGCCCCGUGCCUACGCCCAGCUCAAGACACCAGCGAGUUUUGGAUUUUAAUAUUAAUGAUUUUGUUAAAUACAAAGUCGACAAGCCUGGCACGGGUGGGCUGUCUUCUUCGAUGACAGGACUCUCCCGGUUGUCGGGCGGGGGUUUAUCGGGCAUGCUCUGGAUACACCUGGUGGCGGGGCGGGAGUUGCGGACGCACCCUACGGGACACUCACCUGACUCCCCGCCCUCGGGCCCGCUGGCGCCGAUACAACCGCCAGUCACUCCCAGAGACCUCUACUGUGUGCUGGAAUGUGACAGAGUCCAUAAAGCUAGGACUGUGGUGCGCACGGGAGAGCUAAGCUUCGAGUGGGAUGAGUCGUUCGAGCUGGAGCUGGUAGACAACCGGCAGCUGGACGUGCUGGUGUACUCGUGGGACCCGCAACACCGUCACAAGUUGUGCUACCGUGGGUUGGCGCUGCUGCCCGACGUCCUCAACGUCUCGCCGCCAUUGCAUCAGGUUGCUAUAAAGUUGGAACCUCGAGGCACGCUGUACGUGCGACUACGGCACACGGAGCCGAACGAGCUGUUCCGGCGGCGUCCUGCUACGGCGCGCCUCGCUCCGCCGCCGCUCUUCGGCGCCGAGCUGGAGUCGGUCGUAGCGCGGGAGGUGCGCCCUUCGCACGCCCCGCCCGUGCCGCUUAUUGUGAGACGUUGUGUCGAGGAGAUUGAACGUCGCGGCCUGGAUAUCAUAGGUCUAUACAGAUUGUGCGGUGCGGCGAGUAAAAAGCGAAUUUUGCGGGAAGCGUUCGAGCGCAAUGCUCGAGGAGUCGAGCUGACUCCGGAUUCUGUUCCUGAUAUAAACGUAAUCACUGGCCUCCUCAAGGAUUACCUCAGGGAGCUGCCGCAACCACUCUUCAGUCGGUGCUUGUAUCAAAUGACAUUAGAUGCUCUCGGGGUAUGUCUCCCAGACGACCGGGAAGGUAACGCUCGCCUGAUGGCAUCUAUUGUGGAAUGUCUGCCUCGAGCUGCGCGCGCUACUCUGGUCUUCUUGCUUGAUCAUUUAGCUCUGGUGGUGGCCGCACAGGACCGCAAUAAGAUGUCGCCACAACACCUCGCCGUGGCCCUUGCGCCGCCUCUCAUGCUACACUCACAACCCCCUAACGAACUAGACUAUAAAAGACCCAUACACGUACUACAGUGUUUACUACAAAUAUGGCCCCCGCCCAAACGUUCAGUUCGGCGCGGCGAGCCAGCAACCGGGCCGCGUGGAAACAGAGCCAGUGCAUCGCAAGCGGGCUCAGCCACCCUACCCCAAGGCCGAGUUCUGCCCUCAGCCAGUCCAUAUCGGCCUCCAGCGGCAGCAUCAGCAGCAUCUCCGCCGCCAGCUCUCUUGGCUCGGCACGGAGCCGACCGAUCGCCGCCCGCACAUGUUCUCUCAUCAGUCAGGGGCGGCCAAUAUCGUCCGCAGUCGCCACUGCGCGGCCCUCUGCCCGCUCCUCCUCGCUCCCGGCAGGUGACAGUCUCAUCUCCCGGUUCUCCCAGUAGCAGCUCCGGGAGUCACAGCCCGGCGGACACCAUCAAGCAUGGCGGCUCCGUUUCGUCCAUCCUGAGGCAACCGGAGCGCGCCGCCUCCCCGCGCUCCUCACCCAGGAACUCUCCUCGUGCCUCCCCUCGCGCCUCCCCGCGUGACUCUCCGCGGACACCGCGCGAAACUACACCGCGAGACUUAACGCCGAGAGACCUGACGCCACGAGACCUGACACCGCGAGACAUGACGCCGCGAGACAUGACGCCGCGAGACCUGACCCCGCGCGACUUGACACCUCGAGACUUAACGCCACGAGAGAUGACACCACGGGAGACAACGCCGCGCGAGUCUCCGCGUUCCGCCAUCCCUGGCACCUCAGCCGGCCUUGCGGUAACGCUCAAUUCAAGCGCUGCAAGUGGCGGAUUGAGCCCGCGCUACAGCUCCACCAACCCGUUCCUGCAGCAGUACGACGCGGAGGAGGAGGCGGAAGCGUGGCGUGCCGCCGACAUAUUCUCCUCGCCCUCCACGCACACAUAGUGCUCAUAGCGAAUUGAAAUUUUCUAGUCAAUUUUUUUAUUGAAUCGAAAGAGUGCUACGAUUCUGCUGUAUAUUAUGUUUUUAACGAGCGUGGUGCGCGUUCGUCUAAUGUUUAUUAUAUAUAGAGCGACUUAUGAUGUACAUUAUUGUGAGAAUGUUUACCUUCUGACGCGUGAGGCAGGAGCCUCGCCGCCGCCGGCGUCCCGCCCCGUAGCAUCUGUAGCUAUAGCGUUAUCAUAUUGUAUUGUACAUUGUAUAUAAUAUACGUAUAUGUAUGUGCGCUCCAGUUUUGUACCAGUCGGGCGGGGCGGCGACGGACGGCCCGAAGCGCUACACACACAUCAUCCCACAUAUCAGAGGCUUGCGUACACAUUCGACACUGUAAACUUUGCACGUUCAACUGUUGCAGAUCACCAGUACCUUCCCACAAUGCACCGACAUAUUUACCUUAAGCCAAAAUGAUUGACAGGUAUCGUUUGGGAAGUAAUAUGUAGUAGUGUCGACAGUGGACUCAAGUCAGUAGGUCGAGUAGGGAGGUCGUAUCAUAGAUCAGACGUAUGGACUGUCUUGAGACUGAGACCAUAUCAGAAGUAGCUCGUACAGCGGUAGCGAUGGACAUCCGUCGUAGAACGAGCGAUUGCGUGAUCGGUUGGCGACGUCUGGCAGGUGAAGCAAAAGCAAAACAGUUUUGAUUGAACGUUAAAUAUUCAAAAUAAUCCUUGUUCAUUAUUCAAUUAAUGUCUAUAAUUGUAUAACGGUAUAUUAAACUAAAAUAGAUUUAGUGAAGCAUUUUUACGAGUCGCUAAUUCUAUGAAGGAAUGGUAUAAUUUCCUUUGAGGUCACAAUCUCAAGGUCUAUUUGCUAUUUUCGAAUGUCGAACAUUCGAUUUGUUAUUUUAGGACUAACUAUGCAACUAAAUGUCGUUUCUAUGAUCCUUCGAGAUUCCGAAAUAGCAUCUCAGUUCUUAUGAAGUGCGUCUGUUAGACAUAUAAGAGUGGUAGAAAUUGACCAAUGACAGCACUGAUUUAACUGUCACUGCCAUGAUUGGUCCAUUUUAAAUAGAGAAUGUAACGUAUUUAUUACACUUGUUUAUAUGUCUGCCGGAGGCUGUUUGGUUACAAACAACUUUUGAGCUACACUUCAAGGCGAAAUUUUGUUAUUACUGUUUAUUAUAAUAGCAUUGCACAAAUAACACGACUGAUAUGGGACACAAUGUUUUUGAUACUUUACUGUUUUACCUAUUUCUCGUUUGUGAUACUGAAUACUUAAGAUAGGGUUAUAUGGAGAGCUUUGUAUGUAUGUUGAGCGUAUCACUGUUUCAUAACUCAUCGAUUUCUAAGCACACGUUUAUUUAAACUCAUUUGUAACUAUGUCCAGGCAUCAUAUGUUCAAAGUCUUCCAUAUAAUCCGGCACUAGUAUUUGUUUUGACCUCGCCUUAUGUGUAACUGAGUAACGAUCGUUCACGAAUUCCUUCGGCCAGAUGAUUUCUUUUCUUAAUCUCGUCUAA